AUGGUCCUCCCGGCAGUCAGAGUCGCCCCCUCGGCGGCCACCAGGGCGUUCAACCUGCUCCGGACUGUCCAGUACACCCAUCCGCCGAGCUGUCCAUGCCACUCGAACCCGUCCCACCACCACCAUCAGCAGCAGCAGCCCAGCCAGAUCUCUGCGGUAGCGAGACAUGUCCGGAACUUCGCCUCGCCCGUCGAUGCCUCGCAGCAGAAGGAGUACGCAUUCGAGAUGGCCGCCUCCAGCAUCCGGUUUGGCCCCGGAGCCACGAAGGAGGUCGGCAUGGACUGCAAAAACCUGGGUGCGAAGCGAGUCUGCGUCGUCACGGACAAGAACGUGGCCAAGCUGAAUGCUAUGAAACAGGCCGUCGAGGGCCUCAGCAGGGAGGGCAUCGAGUUCACGGUCUACGAUCAAGUCCGGGUUGAGCCCAAGGAUUAUUCGAUCAAAGAUGCCAUUGCCUUUGCCAAACCGUAUAACCCGGAUGCAUUCCUUGCUGUUGGCGGAGGAUCGGUCAUUGACACCUGCAAGCUGAUGAACCUCUACUGCGUCUACUCAGAGGCUGACUUCCUGGACUUUGUCAAUGCUCCGCUGGGCAAGGGUCUGCCUAUUGCCAAACCCCUGAAGCCGCUCAUCGCCAUCCCUACCACUGCGGGAACUGGAGCAGAAACCACCGGAACGGCCAUCUUUGACCUGACCGACAAAAAGGCCAAAACCGGAGUAGCACAUCGCAACAUGAAGCCAACCCUCGGCAUCUGCGACCCCCUCAACACUCGGACUAUGCCGCCAGCAGUGCACGCUUCCUCCGGCCUCGACGUGCUCUGUCACUCCCUCGAGUCCUGGACGGCAAUCCCGUACAACGAGCGAACGCCUCGCCCAACCAACCCUAUCAACCGACCAGCCUACCAGGGAGCCAACCCUAUCUCUGACAUCUUUUCCCUCCAAUCACUCCGCAGCACAGUCAAAUACCUCCCUCGAGCAGUCAAGGACCCCGAGGACCACGAAGCCCAGAGCCAGAUGCUACUCGCCGCAACACUUGCGGGUGUAGGCUUUGGUAACGCCGGUGUCCACCUGUGCCACGGUAUGAGUUACCCUGUAUCAGGCCAGAACCCCGGGUACAAGCACAAGGGGUACGAGGUAGAGCACGACAUCAUCCCCCAUGGCGUUUCUGUCGCCGUCACUGCCCCAGCUGUCUUCCGCUUCACUGCGGCCAGCAACCCAGACCGUCACCUGGCGGCCGCUGAGAUCUUUGGUGUCGACAUCUCUAAUGUCAAGAGGGAGAGUGCCGGAGAGGUCCUGAGUGAAGCUAUUGCAGAGUUCCUGAUUGGUCUGGGUGAUCAGCCGAGGGGUCUGAAGGCGCUGGGAUUCGACAACUCGCAUCUGGACAUGCUGAUCGAGGGCACGAUUCCACAGCAGAGAGUACUCAACCUUGCUCCAAACCUUAGCAAGGAACUCGAACAGGAGCGGGAACAGCUGCGGAAGUUGUUUGAAGAGUCCAUGGAGUACUAG